AUGACGACCACGGGCGGUCGUCCUUGCAACACCGAAGCAAAGACCCUUCGAGCCGCCGCCCAGUGCCGCCAUUGUGGGAUACACGAUCCACAACAGGUCACAAACCACCAAGUUCCUACCGCCGCGCGCGCCGACCAUUGGACAAAGUCAACCGUGGACACCAACCGGCACCACAUCCAGGCCUUGCCCAGACUCUCCACGCCCAACGCAUCUCCGGCCGCCCCCAACCACGCCGAUGAAGAGAGCCACACAUGCACCGCAGGCCCACCGCUGUCGCCACACCCACACCACACCUGCAACGUUUUCGUCUUCUCAAAAAAAAAAAAACCUGCAACGUUUUCGUUGGACGCACCGCCGCGCUGUUCAAGCGACGUACACUACUGCUACUCCGGUCGCCGUCCCUCCGCCCCAAUCAGGCAACCACCCUCCUCAACAACUACCCACACCCCACCACCACCCCUCGCCCUCCUCCUCCGUCCUCCGCGGCGCCUCAGCCACCCGCGGGCCGUCGAUCCCUCCCCUCGCCGAGUCCCACGGCGGCGGCCCGGCGGCGUGGAGCACCUGACCUGCCGGAGACCGGAGCCAUGGUCAGGACGGCGGCCGGGGGAACAGGAGAGUAUCAUCGUCGCCGGCGAGGAGCACCCACGAAGAGGCGGCGGCCCGGGUCGUCGACGGGGUCAACUCCUUCCUCGGCAAGGCAGGCGGGGACCACGUGGCGCGCGCGGCACGGCCAGCUGGCGGGCCCCACGCGUCAGCGGGCGGAACCUCCCUGCGCCUGCGCGUUGGAUUCGCCGCCCCUCCGCGUGCGGUGCGGGGAGCUUAUUUAAACGCCCUCCGCCUUGGCUUGGCGCUACAGUGGACGAUAACCGCCCGCGGCAACAAACAUUCCUCCUCCCUCUUUGCCUCUCCCCUCUCCCCCUCGCCCGCUCGCCGCUCCCCGCGCAUGAUCCACCUCCUCCUCUAGCCAUGUCGCCGCCGCCGUCGUCUUCCGAGGAGGAGGCGUCCCGCGGCAAGUCCGGUUCGGCGAGCGCGAUGGCCCCCGGCAAGUCGAGCUCGGCGAGCGCGGCGGCCCGCGGCAAGUCCGGUUCGGCGGGUGCGAGGGUCCCCGGCAAGUCCGGUGCGGCGGGUGCGGUGGCCUCCGGCAAGUCGGUCUGGGCCGAGAUGGGCGUGGCGCCCUUCCAGGACGGCCAGUACGUGCGGCUCCGCAACCGCGGCCGCGGCGGUUACCUCUGCGCCGACGAGACGGGGCGGGGCGUCUCCAUCGACCCCCGCCGCGGGAUGGUCAACACGGCGUGGGUCGCGCAGGUCCUGGAGACCGACACCAACUACUUCGUCCUGCUCCGCGGCGCCUACGGCCGCCACCUCGCCGUCACGCGCGCCGAGGCGGGGCCCGGCCACGUCGGCUUCGACGCCGCCCAGUGCGCCUUCGACGAGCCGGAGGACUCCCACGUCAUGUGGUGGACCACCCCGGGGAAGAACGGCAGCGUCGUGCUCCUCCAUGGCACGUCGGCCAGGCUCAGCGCGCUCCGGGCCAACGGUCGGUACCGCCGGUGGCACAGGCGCGUCACCGUCGAGGCCAUCAACCGCUCCCGCGUCACCUCGAUGAUGGAGUGGGAGGCUCAGGUCAUCCCCAUGAGGGUGGAGAGGCCACCGUACCAACUGCGACCAGGAGGCCCCGAUAUUCCAUGGCACCAAGGCUCUGAAGAGACUGUGCAAGUCAAUUGCGUCGUGGCAGAUGAUAACGGGAGCACGGAUGGGCAGGGCAGGGAAGCUCUCACGCUCCAUGGCAGGAGUCUGAUGGGGCUGGGCGAUGAACUGGCACAGCGGCUGGGCGACGGCCUCAACUUCCAGGACAUCACCCUCUGCAUUCAGGCAGGCAACCUUGCGCAGCCCACGGUUCUGCUCACCGACCUGCCCCAUAGAGACGACCCCGUUGACAUCGUGGUGUUCAGAGUUGGCACACCAGGGCAUGACCGACUGCUGUUUCCAGAUCUUGAUGCUGAAUAGAAGAGACGGGUAGGAUCAGACAAGAAUGAAUUCUUCCCCUGGACAGUACUGUCAACGCCUCCACAAUUUUACAGCAGAGUGAUGGCCUGACAAGGAUUAGCAGUUUACCUUCUUAUCACUGAACAGUUCAUACAAUACAGUGUGUAGGGUCUCCUCUAGAAUAGUCACCCAGUUCCGGAAAAGUGCAGGUUAUGCGCGCUUCUUUGCCACUUCACAUUUGGAACACUAGGAGCCGACGCUAUUUGUUUGGUGUUUCUGAAACUUCAGAGAAAUUAAACAGUGCUUCUGGCUUGUAGGAACAAAAUACGUUGAAAGUGCCUAUAGUUGAUUUUUCCUGGUUA